AUGGCAACAUCUUUACCAAAUACCAGUGAACCAUCUCCAAAGCUUACCGAGGUAUAUUUAAAUUUCUUAUCCGACAAAUCAAGAGAACGGCUUUCCGCAAAACCUUAUCUUUUAUUACCAAAACCAUCAAAGUCUCCUAUAUUUCAUUAUCCAAUUUAUUUGCAAAAUCUGGAUACAGAAAAAUUAUAUCUAGCAAGUCGAAAAUGGCUAGAAAAUAUUGAGCAUUUCUUGGAAGAUUUGGAUUACAAAGAAUAUUCUCGUGCAUUGGCUCGUGAAUUGGGUAUUUUGUUUAUGGAGCAAUGUAAAAAAAUUAUUCGUCUUGAAAUACAUCAUGAAUUAGUAAUCGUAGAAUUUGAUUCGGAAAAAUAUUGGUCUGAAGAACGCUACGCGUUAUUGAAUGAUAACACAUAUACAUCACUUCCGCUUUUUAUUGGAGCAAAGAAUUGUUUGCGUGAUCUUCGCGAAUUUGAAUGUCAUCGACAAAGAAAGGUAGGCAUUUUGCUAAAGAUGGCAGAAUAUUGUCAUCAUAUAGAAAAAUUAGAAGUCUCAAUGUAUAAUAGUGAUGAAUUAGUAUGUGAUGUUGAAGCUGAAGCUAUAGGUCUUACAUAUCUUAUGUUAGCACAACAAGGAUUAAAGAAAUUUGUUCAUAGUGGCAACAAAUACGAAUGGCCAGAUUCAUUUAGUAGCCAGUCAAAAACCCUUACUUGCAUUGAUUUUUGUGAUUUGGAUUUUGAUCCAGUAUGCGAUCCUUUCUUGGAAUCUAUUGCUUUAUUAAAUUACUUGCAGAAAUUGACAUUUCGAUAUUGUUCACCAUUUACUGAACAAAACAUGACUUCAUUAUGCGAGGCACGCUUUCCACACUUGGAAACAUUGCGAUUUUUUUGCAGUCAUCCACCUCUGGAAUCUUUAGUACAAUUGAUUAAUAAUGUCAAAGAUACAAUGGCAUAUUUAGCUAUUGCACCCGAAAUAUCAGAGAAUUAUGUCGAACAUGUGAAUACUUUAAUGUAUCUUCCACUUGUGAAAGCAUGUUCUGGCGUUAAAGUAUUGGAGUUAUCACGUCAUUUUUCACCUGAAUCUCUUAAAUACUUUCUUAAAAAUUCUCGAGCCCCUAUUGAAAUUCUACAUUUAGGGAGAUGUUGGAAGUUAAACGCAGUUCGUCUCGAAGUAGUUUCAGAAUAUGCAAAAUCAUCAAAUCUUAAAUUGGUUAACUUACGAUUUGUAUCUAAGAAAUUACCACAAAAGAAAAUUAAACAUCUUCAAAGUCUCAUAGAAGAAGUAAUUACAGAAGAUUCACCGAUGAAAGUAAAAAGGUUAUUAUAA